AUGCUGAACAAGGCCACCAGCGACAAGAACGAGCCGACACCCGGCUACAUGUAUGACGAGAUUUGCCGGUUGACCUUUGAAUCGGUGCAAAUCUGCGAUGAUCUUCAAGAGUAUCUCCUCUCACGACUCAAAAAGAAGGGCGUCCACACAAAGGUCAAGGUCCUCAAGGUCCUCAAGCACCUCGUCGAAAAGGGCCACGAAUCCUUCUACCGCAGCCUGCAACACCGCAAUGAGGACAUUAAAGCCGAACUUUGUACGCUCCAUCACCAUCCUCCUCACUGCCUCCCCACCCCGUUCUUCCAUUCUACACCCUGUCCUCAUACCUACCAUACCCUGUUCUGGGCGACGCAGAUUUCAAGGGGCCGGUGGACCCUUUGCACGGAGACACCUUCAACAAAGCUGUUCGCGAUAAUGCCAAGGUCAGCCGCCUGUUCUCUUGCAUCCAACGUCAUCAGGCACGCCCCCCUCACCCUUUUCCUCCAUCCCACGCGGAUGCUUGCACAGGCCGUGAUGGAGGCACUUUUCAAUGGCGCUCAGGGUGGCCAGCGCCGGCCGCCCGAGGCCCGCACCUCAGCCGUAGCCCGCGAUGGCUUUGGCAAUACCUCCCAUGGUGCCGGAACCAGCAUCGGCCAAAGCCAUUCCGGUCAAGCCGCCAUGGCCGCCAAGUUUGGGGGCAGCUCCGCCCCCGCCAGCAACAGCCAGCAGCCUUCAGGCUUUGUCAACAAGAUCAAGGCCAAAAUCAAUGACAUUGCUGAGAACAUUCCCGACUCCCUGGUCGGUGGUGCCACCGUUGCCAAGCGCCAAGGUUAUCACCAGCCCGCUUACAAUGCUCACAGCGAAAUGGAGGCCUCCUUCAACCGCAACGCCGACGGCGGUUUCACCAGCGAUGCCCCGCAACAUCGGUCGGGUUUGCUAGCAACUGGAAAUUCCAGCACUGCCAUUCUUGGCACCAGUCCCAACGCCAACAACUCGCCCAUCACCCGUGAUACAGGCCACGAAAAACGUUUGGUGGCUGAGAUUACUGCGGCCGGCGGUGUUCGUUCACAACCCCCUGCCGAAGACUUGGCCAAAUUUGUUCAGCGCUGCCACAGUCUUGAUUGUCAUCGUGUGGCCGAGGAACUUUUGGAAAUCAUCGAUGGUGCUGACAACGACAAGCACGUUCAGGAGCUGCAACAAGACGAGAGCCGCGCUAUUCGAGCUAAAUCGCAAAAGCUUCUCAAGGCAAUCGAGGGCACGGCCACCGCCGGGAGCACCCCUGCGGCCACUGUUUCUGAUGCUGCAGUCCCUGUCGGCGGAGGGGCCGACCUCUUGGAUCUCGACCUGGAAGGCGGAUUUGACCCACUGUCAGACUUUUUGGGUGGUGCGACUCCAGCCACCGAGGUGGCUGCUGCGGCUCCUACUGCCUCUUCCACAGGUGGUGGCAUGUUUGCUGGAAUGGGCAUGGCGGAUCAGGGGGCACAGUCGUCGCCUGCAACUUCAACCGGAGGCAUGAGCUCCAUGUUUUCCAACAUGAAUUUGGCCGGCAAUUCGUCGGCGGCGCCAUCCGUGGCGCCUGCGUCUAGCAGUGACGGCGAUCUGCUGGCGGGUUUUGGUGGCGAUGUUGCGACGGCCACACCUGCCGCAGCCCCCGCCAGCGGCGGCUCCAUGUUUAGCGGUAUGAACCUGGGUGGCAGCAGCAGCGGCGGCGGCAGUGAUGCCGUCCCUUCGAGCACUACCCCCACCUCCAAUUCCAUGCAAGGCGAUCUGAUGUCCUUGGGCAUGGGUUCCACAACCACCACGAGUACAGCGGGUGCGGCAAACCAAGACAGUCUGCUCGGCGACCUUCUCGGUGGCAGCUCUGCUGGGCCCGUGGUCCCGCAGGCAGGUUCGGCCACGGGUAGUUUGUUGGACCCCAUGGGCGGGCUCAUGGCCCCGCAGCAGUCGACAGCCCCGCAAAAUAUGGGCAUGGGCAUGGGCAUGGGCAUGGGUAUGGGCAACAUGGGUAUGGGCAUGGGCAUGCAACAGCAAGCCGGCAUGGGCUAUGGCUACAUGGCUCAGCAACCUCAACAGCCCAUGCAGCAGGGUUACGGCAAUGGCAUGUCCAUGAUGUACGGUGGGGGCAUGAUGGGUGCACCCAACUCGGGUGGUAUGGCCAAUGGGGCUUCCUUCAGCUUUGUCAACAACAACCCGAGUCGCACGGCCGCGCCAGCGCCCAAGAAGGAUGCUUUUGACUUUGUAGCCGACACCAUCGGCACACGCAAGUAA